AUGGAUGGUGAGCUUCUUCCUGAUCAUAAAUUUUGCUAUCCUGUUUCUUCGUCGACAUAUGAGUACCAUACCGUUCCUUUCUGGCCGGCGGAUCGAAGGAGCAUUCUCUUUGUAAAUGACCGAUGCGGCCACAAUGGAACAGAAACUAGGCAGCCGUCGCCGCUCACUCUUCCAACCAGUGAGAUCGCGGCCGGCGCUGACUCCUUCUCCCAAGAUAUCGAUGCCGACUCCUUCGCCCAAGAGAUCGCUACCGACUCUUUCGAGUCCGCCGACAACUGCAUUCCGCGAAGCCGAAAAUGGACUCGAGAAAGAUCCUCAGGCGCUGUGGAGGAGGAAUCACAAUGGCGACGAUUUGAAAUUGAAGUCGCUGAACUUCUGGAAAUCAAGCAGAUAGGCACCUCUCAUCUCCGAUUCAGUCUCCACUCAUCAUGCGAUGCUCGCCAGGCAGCUCAACGACCGCGUCAAGAAGGCAUUCAGUGUUCAGUUGAUUGGUUACUCGUGCUGCGAUGUUCGGAAUCGCAGGUCGGGGUUGGUGGCGAGAACUCCAGCGACGAAGGUGGAAGCGGGGGAUUGGUGAACAAUAUAGUGAAGGGACCUUGGUCGCGCGAGGAAGAUGCGUUGCUAGCUAAACUGUUUGCAUCUUUGCUUCUUGGAAGUGAUUAUGGAUCACGAUGGUUUGAAGAUCAUUCAAGACAUGUUGUCAACAAGUUUCAUGAAGAACAAACUGCCAAAGAAGCAAUAGCAGCUGAAGAAGAAGGAGAAGGUGAGAAGGAGGACGAAGGACAAGCUGGGCAGAUGUCAAAGGGCCGGCCGGCCAAUGAGAAGUCACUGCCUUUGUCGGAGUUUACAUUCGGUUGCUUGGGGAAGAAACAUAUCAAGUUACCUGCAGACUGCUUGUCUAUGGCGCUUGGUCUCGUGGAUGACGCAAUUAAUGCAUCAGCACUCCUCGUGAUGUUAAUGGUGUCAUCGAAGAUAACAGGUAAUCUUGGUUUGUUAUGCUUCCGUGAAGCAGAAGGUAUAACCUUAACUGGUAGCUGUGAAGUAUGGGGGUUGUUGUUCAUCUGAUCAACAUGGCUAAAGCGCACAAGAUGGAGUUACAGAUCUUAUUGUUAUCAUUUAUCAAUAGAAUGACAAAUUUUGGGUCAAUGUAACAACUUGUUCCAAAUAAUUCCUUUUGACAAAUGUAAAUUAAUGUUAUGAUAUCAAUAUAUUGAUGCAUUAUGCUCUUUUUCAAACCAAAA